AUGGAUGGUGCAUUAAAUUGGCCUAAUUCUUUUCAUAUCUGUGGAGAUAAUCAUCCCUUAGCUUGGUCUAGAACACUGCAGAAUGUUCAAGCUGUAAACAGAAAAUUAGCCAAUGAAAACAAUAGUAUUCGAUUAGAUAUAUUUCAAUGGGAUGCCUGUUCACUUCCAUUAAGAAAUAGUUCUGUAGAUGUAUUUGUUACUGAUUUGCCUUUCGGAAAAAGGAUGGGAUCUAAAUUUGAUAAUCGCAAAUUAUAUCCAAGUUUACUUAAUGAAAUGGCAAGAGUCUGUAAAAAUAAAAAUGGUCGUGCUGUACUUUUAACUCAAGAUAAAAAGACCAUGUCACAGGAACUUUAGUACUUUUUCUCUGGUUUGUCAGAAUUACCAACAUCUACUGCUACCCUUGCAUUUUGGUGCCAUAUUUACAAAGUAAUUAUCAUGAAUGAAACAAAGAGAAGCAUUACUACUACAGGGAAAUGAUGUGUUACAAGUGAGAACUCUGGACAAGACUAAUACAAGUCAUAGUGUUUAGUGCAAAACAAAGAAAUAAGUCACAGUAGCACAUUUUCCAGAAUGAGAAAGAGUGUGACUGAGCAGGAUGCUGUGAGCCUUAAUGAAUCUUAAAAAAUGGUGCAGAUUUAGUGCUUAAUUAUGCAUUUUUAUUUAUGUAUUUUUCAUUAUUUUUAUCACAAACCUGAAACUGCUUAUAUUGAAUGUCUAGUCCUACUGGAGUUAGUUUCUAACUCUUCAUUUGAGCUUGUAAUUAUAAUUUAUAAAUUUUAUUAAUAUUCCAAAUCAAAAUAUCUAUGAAUUAAGAAAAUAAAGG